CCUUGUGGUAUGUGGCAACUUAGUAAUUUUCACAUCAUCACAUAACAUAACAUCAGCAGAGACACGAGAGUAAAAAGUUGAGGAUAGAACCAUCGCAUGCCGUAGAUCUGUCUCACAUUGCAUUCACAUUCAUUCGGUCUUUCCAUUUUCAUCCAUCGUGUAUGUUCCAACUCUUUUCACAUUUUCCAAUCACAAACCUUCACCCAUUCAUGCCAACUUAACCUUCUCUUAUGUCCAUUUCUGCUUCAAUUAUUGCACACUUUAGCUGAGCCACCACCUCAUGUAAGUACUAAUUUCCCACCACCUUAAAAAAAUUGGGUUCCACAACAAAACCACAAAGUUUCCCUUAACCAUGCUUCUCCUUGUCCUAUACACCCACACGGGAAUAUUAUCAUCAACAUUUUCCCAUCCAAAAAUUAGUCCACUUUUCCAUCAACAUGUGCCUCCUUUCAAUCUCUCUCAUGACACUAUACAACCCCAGAUCUUAAUUAUCUCAUUUAUCUAGACCCUCUUAUUAUGUCUCAUUGAGUCCACUGAAAAGAUCAGAUUUUUCAGUGAAACAAGGAAAAAGAACCAACCCCUCCAUGUUGAUACUAGUGCUUGGACUAGCUUCAGCUACUUUUUUAGUUUUUGUUGCAGUUUAUGUGUUCUAUUGCAAGAGAAGGGUGUCAAAGUAUGAUGAGAGUAAAGACAUUGAGAGUUCAGAACACAAGGAGGAGGAUGUGGCACAGAAGGAGGAUUUGAUGAUCUUUCAAGGUGGAGAGGACCUUACAAUAUGUGACAUUUUGGAUGCUCCUGGUGAAGUGAUUGGAAAAUCCAACUAUGGAACACUGUACAAGGCUUUGUUGCAGAGGAGCAACAAGGUGAGGCUGCUUAGGUUUCUGAGGCCAGUGUGCACUGCAAGGGGUGAGGAAUUGGAUGAGAUGAUUCAAUUUCUUGGAAGGAUAAGGCACCCUAACUUGGUUCCUCUUCUCGGGUUCUACACUGGGCCAAGGGGUGAGAAGCUUCUUGUUCAUCCCUUCUAUAGGCAUGGGAGUCUCACUCAAUACAUAAGAGAUGGAAAUGGAGAGUGCUACAAAUGGUCUAACAUAUGUAGAAUAUCCAUUGGUAUAGCCAAAGGAUUAGAGCAUCUUCACACAUCACAGGAGAAGCCUAUUAUCCAUGGAAACCUCAAGUCUAAAAACAUCCUUUUGGACCGCUCCUACCAGCCAUACAUCUCGGAUUCCGGGCUACAUCUUCUGCUGAAUCCUACUGCUGGCCAAGAAAUGCUUGAAAAUUCAGCAGCUCAGGGUUACAAGGCACCUGAGCUCAUCAAAAUGAAGGAUGCUAGUGAAGUGACUGAUAUAUAUAGCCUCGGUGUGAUCUUGCUGGAAUUGCUUUCAGGAAAGGAACCUAUCAACGAGCAUCCGACUCCUGAUGAGGAUUUCUAUCUGCCAAAUUUCAUGAGAAAUGCAGUCCUUGGACACAGAAUUGCUGAUUUAUACCAACCUGCCUUUCUUCUCAGGAACAGCAGAGAUGAUAACAUUCCAGUGACGGAAGAAUGCAUUCUCAAAGUCUUUCAACUUGCUAUGGCUUGUUGCUCCCCUUCACCCUCAGUUAGACCUAACAUAAAGCAAGUCCUCAAGAAACUUGAAGAAAUUAUGUUCUAGAAUCCAUGAGGGCUUUUGUGAUUUUUUUGUGUAGUAUUGGCCACUUUGGCUGCAGUGAUACUGCACACUUUAAAAUUCUUCAAGUUCAUCAUUAACAAUGAUGUGGUUGGAGACAAUAUAACAUUUAUAUAUGAGAAAUUAGGAAGAGAAAACAAGUAAGUGUUGUGCUUACAAAAUGUGCAAUUGACUACCAAACAAAGAUUUCAGGACAGUUGAUGUUGAUGUCAAGGGUUAAAGUCAAAUGAGGAAUUAUAGCUUGAAACUAAAGGUGUCAAUUUCUAGAACUCCAAAUCUGGCUCCCAAAUUACUGACUUCAUAUUUGAGAUUUGUGAGACUGUUUGGUAAAACAAGUGAGCAUGUGACAUGGACAAUGUCAAAAGAAUUUCUUUGAUGCCACUCAUCCUGAUACUAAUUGCAGAGUUUUGAUGGGAAAUUACAGAGAUUCUUUUGCUGUCAAGAAUGUGCUUCUGUUCCAAUAAUUUGUGGCUAGUAUUUGAGUUUGGCUGUUGUGGAUAAACCACAGGAACUGUGAUGAAAAAAAUGCUCUUUAUCCACAGUGACCCUCUCAAAUUCCAUGUUCUGGCCAUAGAAUUGAAGCUACAAAAGUGAAAAGGAAUCUGAAUAAUUAUGUAGGCCAGGAAGUGGGAUAAUUUGGUGUCAGAUUUUCAAAAUUUCACCUGCAAGAAGUUAGGUUGUUUGUUAUGGUUAGGUCUCACAGCAAUACCAUUUCAUUUUUCACUAUGUCCUCCAUCUCCUUGAGAUAAUCUUGCAGUUCUUUAUCUUUAGAGACCAUACUUUUUCCAUUUGUAAUCUUCAUUUGACAAAAUGUUGUUUUCAGUUAUGCAACAACUUAUAGUUUAAGCAACCAAUUAUUGUUCCCUCAAUUGAGAGGAUUCUGACA